CACACAGAGAGUUCGUUCGUGAAGGAGUCAGAGGGUGAGGCUCUCCAUUUUUUUUCAUCCUAUCUCUUCAGCUUUUAUCAUCGAGUUUUCCACAAUGCCGUUUCUUAGGAUUGCCAUCGGCCAGCCGCAGGAGACCUAUCAACCCGAUGCGCUCAAGGCGGCGUUGGCGGAGUUUUUCGGCACCCUAAUUUUUGUGUUCGCCGGAGAAGGCUCCGGCAUGGCCUUCAGCAAGCUCACCGAUGAUGGUUCCACCACACCGGCCGGCCUCAUUGCCGAAGCAUUGGGACAUGGCCUUGGACUGUUUGUGGCAGUGUCGGGGGCAUGCAACAUCUCCGGCGGUCACAUCAACCCCGCUGUCACAUUUGGAGCCUUCGUCGGUGGAAACAUCACUCUCCUACGUGGAAUCCUUUACUGGAUAGCUCAGCUCCUUGGUUCCGCGGUGGCCUGCUUGCUCCUAAAGUUCUGCACUCAUGGCAUGACAACAUCCGCAUUUGCGAUAUCUUCUGGAGUAACAGUGUGGAAUGCGUUUGUUCUUGAGAUCGUGAUGACUUUUGGGCUGGUUUACACGGUGUACGCGACUGCCAUUGACCCGAGGAAGGGCAAUGUGGGGAUAAUCGCACCCCUUGCCAUUGGUUUGAUUGUUGCAGCCAACAUUCUGGCGGGUGGGGCAUUCGACGGAGCAUCCAUGAAUCCGGCUAUGUCGUUUGGGCCUGCUCUGGUGAGCUGGGACUGGACCAACCACUGGGUGUACUGGGCAGGGCCUCUCAUUGGAGGUGGGAUUGCAGGCCUCGUCUAUGAAACCGUCUUCAUCCACCACACCCAUGAGCCAUUGCCUGGCUCCGAGUUCUAGUUCAAUAACAUCGUAGAUUCGUAUGGCCGCUCCGGCCAACGGCUUUUCAUUGUAUCUAUUUUAUUCUGGUUCGAGUUUUUUGAUUUCUUGUUUUCUUGUUUUCAAUGUUGUCGUGGAUUUCAGCAUUAUUGUCAUCAGGGCCGUCCAUUUUAUCUGAUUGCGAUCAAAUGGAUGAUGCAUGUAAUUGGCGUUUUAUUGGAUUCAUGUGCAAGUUACGUGUAGUUUUUUGCA